CCUAUAAAUAUAGGAUAGAAAUAUGAAACCUGCCAAGGAAACUAAAUGAAGGAUGGAAAAUGCUCGUCUUUCUUCUACUUUUGAUAGUUCAUUUCAAUGUGUGUACUGGUGGUAUACAAGUACUAGAAGAUUGGGUUCUACCAACUGUAGCAUAUCCCGGUGACACUGUAGACCUCAGAUGUAAUUAUCUAGUUCAGGAUGAAACAGUGCAUAGCGUGAAAUGGUACAAAGAUAAUAUGGAGUUCUUUAGAUAUGUACCAAAUGAAUCUCCGUCAAUCACCGUAUUUGUACAAAAUGGAACUAAGACUUCGGAGAUUUCAACUCCGACCCAUAUUGUCCUUGAGUCAGUUACCCCAGCCUCCUCAGGUUCAUACAAAUGCGAGGUAUCAGGAGGACCCCCCAGAUAUACUACAGCAGCAAGAUCAACCAAUCUCAGAGUUGUAGAGUUGCCCCGAACCCCUCCUCAAAUAUUAGGUGGUAGAAGAGCCUAUAAACAAGGUGAAAAACUAAACAUUACUUGUGAAAGUGGAAUGGGUUCGCCUCCUCCGGAGCUUAAAUUCUUCGUACAAAGCCGAGAAGUUGAGUUGAGCAGUCAGAAACUAGAAACAUUUUUCCCUAUUAGAGGACAGCUGAGAGGAAUUUCAAGACAAAAUCUUGGAUUUAUAGUUGAUUCUACUCCUAAUUCAAGACUUGAAAUAGUCUGCCAAGCAAAAAUACUAGAUGUAUACGCAGACUCAGCAAUGCUAUCCAUAGAAGUGCUAGAGGGCGGCUCCAGAAGCAGAUCGUUCAACAAUAAAUUGUUAUUUGUAUUCUGGUUCAUUUGUUAUUCUACAUUUUUCUACUAAUUAUAUUCCAUGGUUCCUUUGUUACACUACAUUAUUCUACUAAUUGUAUUCCAUGGUUCCUUUUUAUAUUACAUUCUUCUAUUAAAUAUAUUCUGGUUCCUUUGUUAUAUUACAUUAUUCAAUUAAAUAUAUUCUGGUUCCUUUGUUAUAUUACAUUAUUCUAUUAAUUGUAUUCUUAUUCCUUUGUUAUAUUACAUUAUUCUGUUAAUUGUACCCUGGAUCCUUUGUUAUAUUACAUUAUUCUGUUAAUUGUACCCUGGAUCCUUUUUUAUAUUACAUUAUUCUGUUAAUUGUACCCUGUAUCCUUUGUUAUACUAAUUUGUUCUAUAAAUUGUAUCCUAGACCUUUGUUAUAAUUUAUUAUUCUAUUAAUUGCAUUGUGGUACCUUUUUUAUACUAAAUUAUGGCUCAGCUUCAUUUGCCAUAAUAAUUUUACCAUAAUUAUUUUUGCCAUAAUUACAUUUGCCAUAAUACAUUUGCCAUA